AUGCUCACAGCACUGGUGGUGGUGGUGGUGGUGGUGGUCGGUGUGGGUGUGACUCAAGCAGCAGCAGACACGAAUAGCGUGGUCGCGGAACAUGUGCGUCACAUCAUUGCAGAGAGCACCCCCGCCCAUAACCGCUUACUGCUCGUCGACACCUCCAUCAACCCACAAUCCCCAAGCGCGUCCUCAAAGCAGAGCCAGCAACUGUACUACCUGGAUCGCGAUGGACCUGCAUGGAGGAGGGCAUAUGGCCUGCGCAACUACAGUGUCGCAGAGGAGCAUGCGGGAAUGAGCGUCAGCGAACGGCACAGAGGAACGACUGGCUGGUCCCACCUCUUCUGCUUGGGGCUGCGCCGCCAAGACAGCACGUGCCUGUCACCCAUGAGCCACGUGCGCAUGACAGAACAACAACACAUCAACCAGAUCAGCGGCAUGCGCAACAUCCUCUGGAAAAAGGAUGCUCUCUGCCAAACCAUCAAGGAGUAUGGCCUGUCUCCACGGCAGCUGAACUUUGUGUUCCCGUGCUUCUCUCUUCCUGGCGAGCUGGACGCCUUGGGCGCCGCCAUGGCAGAGCAGCCGCAGCAGCCCUGGAUUAUCAAACCGCGAGCACGCGGCGAGGGGCGGGGCAUCUUCAUUGCAGACAGCAUUGGUGAUGUGGAAGCAUCCAGCAAGCGCAAGUUCCUCACGGAAGGCGCCAUUGCACAGCCACUGCUCACAAAUCCAUUGCUCAUCAACGGUUACAAGUUUGACUUGCGGCUCUAUGUGCUCGUGACGUCAAUCAGCCCGCUCACCUGCUACCUCUUCCACGAAGGCCUGGUACGACUUGCGGCUGAGAAGUACAGCACGGACACGAAGAAGUCAAAGCCAUCGCAAUAUCUCACCAACACAUCAAUAGGAAAGAAGUACAAAGCGCUCAGCGACCUCACCUGGACCCUUUCUCGCUUCAAACAAUGGCUCGACCAGACUAAACUAGGCAGCAAGCGUGUGUUCAAGCGAAUCAAAGCGGCCAUUGUGCGUCUACUGCUUGUUUCAGAACCACGCUUUCACGCCCAUUUCCACGCACGAAUGGCUGGUUCCUCCUGCGAAGGCUGCUUCCAACUGCUGGGUGUCGACGUGAUCCUGGACGACACGUGCGAUCCAUUCAUCAUCGAAGUGAACGGCCUUCCCUCCAUGCAACUCACAGCAGCACAAGGCGAAGCGUACACGGUUGAAGACGACUACACAGCGCGGAAGAUUGAGCUGACAGAUGAAGUGGCGCGAAUGCUGGACACACAUGCUGACGUGACAGCAGAACUUCUCGCCUUUAUGCAGCAGAAUUACAUCGGGCUGAGCCCAACACUGUGCCGCGUGCAGCUCCACAGGUUGUGUAUUAACAAGCACGACCUGCGGUUGCUCACCCAGUGGUUUCAGCAUCGGCGCGCCAUCCACGGCUUUGAAGAGCUCAAGCCCGAGGAGGAAGUAAUGUUUCUGCACCACAGCCACGAGCUGAUUCAACGCCUUCCCCCCAACGUGCACACGCACGGCCUUGUCACCUUCACCACCGUCCGAACAACACUCCGCCUCCGCGCGCUCAUGCUCGCCUUUCGCCGCUGGAGAAGCGACGACGCGCGCUGACGUGCUGCGGAUGGUGCUGGUGGCUUUGCAUGGUGUUGGGGGUCGUGGUCGUGGUCUCCUGUAGACCAAUGUCGUGUGUUACACGUGGACCCCUCUUGGUGUUCGUUGCCCUGUUGUUGUUGUUGUUGUUGUUGU